CGACGACGCCGGGGCUGACACGGCAACGGCACCAGGACGCGGAUUCCGUGUACUGUUGAAUUCCAUAGCGACAUGUCGCCUAUAAAAUUUUGUAUUCCGUGCACCGUUUGCUACACGACUUUCGCCUGUUCUCGGUCGCUGCGAAGACGACACCUCUUGACGUGUUGAUUUCAUCUUUUCUAUACGACUUUCUUUGUUUUUUUUUAUAUUUUGACGUUGGACGGUUUUGUAAAAAUUGUUAAAUGUUUUUUUUUUGUUGAUGAUACUUUGGGUAUUUUUCUAAAUACCCAUACAAGGUAAAACUAAUAAUUUUUAAAUUGUAGGUAUUUGGUAGCAACUUUUUGAGCUUCUUAAAUUUGUCUUGAUAUUGUUACGAGCUUCAUUUUUGUUAGGUUUGUGUUGUUUUUAUUUGCAUUAUAUUUAUUUUGGUUAUUGUAGUUUGAUUUUAGGUUCUAAAGGUGUUGUAGUUAAGUUUUACGUUGUUAUUUCUGUUUGUUUUUGUCAUUUGUUAGGUUAGGAGGGCUCCAAAUUUAGCUUAGUUAGGUUAUAUUUUUGUCUGAACCUAUAAUGUUUUGUUGUGUUGCUUACCUUAAUUGUUUCUAAUUAGUUUCAUGGCUACUUUCUAUAAAUUUCAUCUCAAAAAUUAGGCAUGUAACAUAUACAUAGCGUGUUUCCUUGUUAUACAAAUACCUAUUUAUAUUUUAGAUGUUUCCUGUCGAUAUAAAUAAUAUUGGUAACCAAAUUUGGGUGCCUUUCACAUAUUUGCAAAAAAGUUUCCCAGUGCUGCGAAGUCACCCUCAUUAUUUUGUGGUACCUAUUUUAUUUGGCCGAGUAAAUAUCGAAUUAGUAAAUUGCGAGUAAAUAUUUUUGAAAGUAAAUAUCGAAAAAAACAAACCAUCACAGAUCACAUAACCUACAAACUAUUGACCAAUACAAACACAAUUUAAAAAAUAUCCCUAGAUAUUCAGUAACAAAGAAAAAAUACCUAGAAUUUGCUCAAACAUUUUCAGAAUGAAUAGUAUCCAAAAUGCGACAUGUUGAUAAAUCCCGACUUUUACCGAACCGGUAACGAUGGGUACACGGAAUACAUAUUUGGCGACGUGUUGACUUUAGAAGUGGAAUUCAACACUAGAAUUCGACAUGUUGAAAGCGACAGAACACGGAAUCCGCUUACAGUUGGUCAUAUUAAGAAUGGUGGAUUUUAGUGGGAGUACCAGUGGAAAAUCUAAUAGAUUUGUCUGCCCAAAUGAUCGACAGCUGGCAUUGAGAGCCAAGUUGAAAACGGGAUGGAGUGUAAAAACGGCAUGUCUAGGAGGUUUUAAUUCGGGCCCAACGGUUAAUCAACCAUUGGGAGAAGAUGAACAACAAAGUAUCGUAGACGUUAUCCAGAGGGCUGAAAAAUUGGACUUAACGGAGCAAGAACGGGUCGGAAAACUAGUGCAAAAAUUGGAAAAUAUGCGCAGAAACGCCCUAGGUCGCAGCUCCAACCAGUGCCUAUUAUGCGGCGAUACUUUUGGCAUUUUCGGUCCUCAAAAAGUCCGGUGCAUCGACUGCGGCAGAUGGGCGUGCCUACGAUGCGCCAUAGAUAAAGAUCCCAACACCAAAGGGCAUUGUUCGUUCCUUUGUAUGAUUUGCUCAGAGACCAGGGAAAUCUGGAAGAAAUCUGGAGCGUGGUUCUUUAAAGGGCUUCCGAAGUACAUUCUGCCGUGCGAUUCCAGGUUUAAGAGGAGCAGGAGCGUGAGAUUGCCCAGGAAGUAUCGGGAGGAGGAGAGCAGUUCCGAUGAUGAGAGAAGGAUGCAGUCGUGGGGGAGACAGAGAAGGCAUUCUGGAACUGAGAGUACUCAAGACGUUCCGGAACAAGAAGCAGCGAACUACUCCGUAACAAAUAACUUGAGCAGACCAGCAAGCUCACAUGAACUCUCGAAAGAACUGGAACCUCUCCGAAGCUACAUGGGAGCAAUUAAUCUUUCCGGUGAUCCAAAACCUUGGGAUGAAUCUACUAGUGAUUAUAAAACAGAUACUGACAAUGGAGAAGCUUCCAGGAGAGAGUCCAUGGCCUCCAGAUCUAUGUCAGAGUGGAACUGGAGUGAUACCAGAAGCUCAGACGAUAAGUUACUAUCACCCAGUACAAGCAGUGUUAAAAGUUGUGCCGAAGAGCCUCAGAAACCACCAGUAGAUACUUCUAUGGGAAUCAUCGAACUCUCAUUAAAUUACGAUCAAGCGACCAAUAUUUUACAUUGCACAGUUUAUAGAGCUAAGAAUCUUAUUCCCAUGGACAUUGGUGGUUUGUCUGAUCCAUUUUGUAAACUGAACAUUUUGCCUAAUGCUAAGGUUUCCACCAGGUUAAGGACAAAAACUAUCCAUAAGACUAGAAAUCCUGAAUUCAACGAAAACCUUACCUUUUAUGAUAUAACGGAGGAUGAUUUAGCUAAUAAGGCUCUACACGUACUGGUGGUAGACGAUGACCGAUACGGGCAUGACUAUAUGGGUGAGGUCAGAAUAAAACUUGCUAAAUUAAGGGUGCAAAAUACGAUUUACGUAAGUGACAAUUGUGUUUUCUGUAUGAGAACUCUCCAAACCCAAAUUUUUCAGCUCACAGUUCCUUUGGAGAACUUACGUCCGGAGCAAAAGGGGCCCUUACCAGCCCCAGAAUUGAACCAGUGGUUCGAUUUUGAUUUAUGGGCCAGGGGACAAAUCCUGAUCUCUUUAUGCUACUCUACGAAAAAAAGGGCCCUUUUGGUUACGAUUAGGAGAUGCACCAAUUUGUUGCCUAUGGAUAAUAAUGGGUUUUCGGAUCCAUUUGUUAAGCUACAACUGAAGCCCGAUCCGUGCCAUAAAAAGCAUAAGACGUCAGUUAAAUGGAAAAAUCUAAAUCCGGUUUUCAACGAAGAGUUCGCGUUCGAAACGCGACCUACAGAACUUUACAUGCAGAGCCUUUACAUUACGGUCUUUGAUAAGGAUUAUGGGAAAAGUAACGAUUAUUUAGGCGGAUUAAUUUUGGGAGGAUCUGGAUCUAAAGGACAACGGUUAAAACAUUGGUUGGAUAUGAUUCGAUAUCCAGACCACCAUCACGACCAAUGGCAUAAUUUAACGGAGGAUAUUCUGAACUAAACAGUUUUGUAAAGAAAUACAUACUGCCAAAAGUGACGCGCAGUUUGGCUUUUUGAAUUGAGUGCGCCAAUUAUGUUUUAUACGUACAAGAUAUUUUAAUACUUAUCCCUUAAUAAACUACUAUAUAUUUUAUAUCAAAAAUUAAAAAAAAAGGUAUAUUUUUAAUAUAAUACUAAGACACUUUACUUAACUCCAUAAAAUUAAAUUGAUUUAAAAUUUUUGUCACGUUUCCACUUUCAUUAUUUCUCUACAAAAAAAAAAAGACUGU